CAAUAUCCUCCACAUACCUUCUGCGGCGCUAAUAUACCUGCAAUUGCAGUAAGCUUUAAUCUCAUCAUGUCUACGCUAGAUAGUCCGAUGAGUUGGGUUCCUUCAUUUUCGAAUACAAUAAAGUAUGCAAUGCCAGAAGAGUCUUCAACCCUCAACUUGAGCUUAUAUCUGAUGAGUAAUGACCAAUUGGGUGAUGUAUUGCAUUGGACCAGACAAACUAUGGCUCUUGUAUGCAGGUUGAGUUGGGGGGGCAUUCCUUUCGUUGGCGGGUUCUGGUUUAUGUUCCUUGCGCGUGAAGACCAGAUUUACUUUCGAUUAGAGACCUCGUUGAUGCAAUCAUAUUGCACCAUGGAAGAUGGGUCGAUUCAUAAGGGAUACGGCAAGAUGUUUGAGAGUUGAGUUCGAAUAGCCUUGGGAGUGUUUAGCUUCAGCGAGAUGGAAUUUGAGUCCUAUUCCAAAUGACUUACUCUUUGUUAUGUGAAUUAAUAGACCUGGGAAUUUAUCUUCACGGAUUUUAAUUAAAUUCGUUAUGGAAUUUAUCUUUCGUUAUGUGAGUUUUCCGUAUUCAAAAUGUCAUUUUAAUUAAUAGACCUGGGAAUUUAUCUUCACGAAUUUGAGUCCUAUUCCAAAUGUCAUUUUUAAUUAAUACACCUGGC